AUGUGUUCCUCAUUCUCAUCGGAUCUCCAUUCCCUUGAUGCUGGAGGAGAAACGGAUUCCGACAUCGAAUGGAUCACCCCGGAAACGGCAUUAAUGGGAGUACCACCAAUGAGGGUACGACCGUUGCCUCCAUUGUUUGCUCCGCCCGGCUACAAAAGUACAUGGGCUCCUCAAAAUCGAUCGAACGCCUUCAGAAAAGAUCCUUUGAAUCGAGCGAUGAGCAGCGCUGCUCAUACAGAAUAUGAUAAUGCUGAGAGUGAGAGGGGAUUAAGUGAUGGUGAUUCUCAUUUUUCUUCUCGACAAUCCCAUCGAGCACCAACUAAGCAGAAACGGAAACGAUGGUUUUCCAGGGAACGCGAUGGAUGUGAUGCAGAUAUGGAAUCGCAAUGUUCUUCCAUGGCUUCAAGCGUGGAAAUUAGAUCCGUUGAGAUGGAAAAGUGUCCAUUCGGUCGGGUUUGUAACCCCUAUAGUCUG